GUUGUAAAACAAGCUACUUCCUAAAUGCUCAUGUGAUUUGUGUUUUUGACUUCACGAAGAAGUCAUGUCCAGCAGGUACCAGAUAGUGGUGCAGGGCGAGGCGUCUGAGACAGACUCUGAUGAUGAAGUUUACAUCACUUCCCUGUCUGUUUCACAAACUGCCUCAGUUGGAGCCAAGGUUCCCGGGGAGGCAUCUGAAACGGACAGUGAGGGUGAGGAGGAGGAGGAGCAGGCGGACCGAGCCUCUGGAAUGAGCCAGGAGAGCGCUCAGAUACUCCGGAGAGACCUGCCUCCUCUUAUUGUAGUCAGAGACCAUCCUGAUAUGCAGUCCAUAGUGGAAGACAGGCCAAGCCCCACACACAGGCCACACGGUGACACCCUUUUGCAACAGAAGCUGCGGGAGUCUAACAGCCGGCUGUAUCAUGACGUGUUACAGACGCUACGGCAGGUUUAUGGCGGUGCCAGCAGGGAGGUACGCAGUGCAACAGCUCAGCUGAAUACGUCGCAGAGCGCCAUCAUCAACACUUCUCACAGCAUCAGAUUAAUUCUGGAUGACCUGAAGGCUGUGUCCGAGAAGAUUGACAUUAUCACCAGCUGUCAAAUACUACCUGAUAUUAACAUAAGUGAUCCAAAUAAUUAUACUGCUCCUACUGCCCCUGCACCUUAAAGAAACAAAUCAAUAAUGUUUUGACAUCAUGAUGGGUAUAUUUUCAAUGAAUAACAGAGAGUAGAGCUCAAGCUGUAAAAAGCAUAUUGGCUUUGCUUCAGUGUUCACCAACAAUACCUAUGCAUAUGAACAACUACUUAUAUUUAAAAGUCACAUACAAUAUACUGUAUGUGUUCAUCUGAGAAGUAAUGUCUGUUCCUGCGUCUGGAGCUCAGGUGAUAUUGCUGUAAAGAGCAGGAGUCAAGGAAAAAAAACAAGCUCUGUCAUCUCAUGUUUUGCACCUCUCUACCAGGGUUACAUUUUGGUGUUUAUUUUACAUAGGAAUUUAUUGACAAUAUCCAUUUUUUUCCUGCACUACUUUGUAAAUAUUAACAUAACAUAAUAUCUUGAACUGAGCUAUUUUUUGUAUGUAAUAUUAUGUUCUAUCAUUGUUUUUUUUGUAGUCCUCAGUGAUUGGCCAAGGACAUAGAGAUGUUCACGUUUUCCACGCUAUAACUUUAAUUUUAGUUUCUUUUUUCCCCGUGUGUGUUAACAUAACUUGUAAAAUAAAAUUAACUCUAUAGUAUAAGUUGA